UUCGCUGAAUUGCUUUCGUUCGCAGGUAGAGGAAUUCCUCGCCAGCUUACGACUCAAGAGCGCACACGCAGGAGCGACAGGCGGGAGACUUGUUCGUUUUGAGCCGAGCGGUCACGCUGUGGCGUCAAGUUUGUGGCGAGAGGGCGUCUCAAGAUCCGACGCUCCGGCACACGAAAUUAAGUCUUCUAGCGAGCGAGCAACCAUUCCGGAGCCACAGCUGAGCACCACCAUGUCCAAGGACGACCUGAUGGCGCAGUCGCUGCUGCGGCUGCACUUGUCGAGUCUGGACAUGAAGGCGAUCUUGGAGUUGUCUGUGAGCUUGCUCGAGACGAACCUGGCCCAGCAGAAGGAGCUGCGUCUAACGAGGGACGGCUUCCCCGACUCGCGGACAUGGAGAGAGAUGCAGCGCAAGGAAGGAGUGCGCGUGUUCAAGGAGUUUCAACCCCAGAACUCAAUGCCCAGCGGGAACAGCGCUACGUGUAUGAGAGCGGGGAUCGCUCACCCAGAGCAGUCGGGCAUCCCGUCGCUGUUGAUGCUUGGUACCGUAGCAGGCAGCCUGAAUGACGUCAUGUACGCGUCGAUCGCCACCAGCACGGAUUCCAUGCGAGCGCGCUCCAAAUUUGUGCAGGACGGCGUGGUCAACAGCAAGGUGCUAUGCUGCGUCGAGAGCCCGUCGUCGGACGACCCGUUCCACGCGCUUAACGUCACGUGGCGCUACUACUCGCUGUCCGAGCCGCGCGACUACACGUGCAUCGAGGCCACGGGGCUGCUGCCCAACGACUCUGGCGAGCUUGUUGGUUUCCACCUCGUUCACUCGCUCGACUUCGCGCAACUCCCCGUCUACCGCAACUACGGCGUCGAGCGAGCCAACAUGUCCGUGUGCACAUUCUUCCGACAAAAGACAUCUACACUCGUCGAGUGCUACACGCGCGGGUACUUCGACUUCCACUCGAACAACGAGAUGCUCAACAACAUCUCGCUGCACACCAUUUCGACGCAGUGGCUGUCGAUGGCUCGCUACGUCGAGUGCGCGCAGAUGAAGAAGCUCGUGUGGUGGAUGCGGAUCCGAACGGGUCGAGACUCGUUCGCCAGCAGCAGCCAGAGCUCCAGCUCGACGUCAUCCGGUGGCAUCGCGGGCAUCCGGCAGCACUCUCGGCCUAAGGUACAGGCGGGGACUCGGUGCCGCGUUUGCAAUCGUGGUUUUGGUGGGUUCAUGCGCACGACGCCGCGAGCUUGUGCCUGCUGCGCCGAGUGGGUCUGCAAGCGCUGCUGCGUCAAGAAGCAGGUGUGCGUGGUGUCGUCGCACAACAAGAGCAAGGUGAACGACAAGAAGCUCGUCUUCUGCGCGCAGUGCAUUGCGGAGGGAGCCAAAAGCGACGCCGCGCUCAUCCUCCGCGAGGAACUCCUGGGUCACCGCUCCUCGUACUCUUCGACUCGCCGAACAACGAUGGAGACAAUGGAAACAUUCGACGGUACUGGGUCAGCGGCUGACAUUUGA